AUGUUGGAAAAGGUUGAGACUUUCGACAUGAACAGAGUAAUCGAAGAAUUCGAUGAAAUGACAAGAAACGCAGAUCAAGUCCAGAGACAAACUUUGAAAGAGAUUCUUCUCAAGAACAAAUCAGCCAUUUACUUACAAAACUAUGGAAUCAAUGGAAACACAACAGACCCUGAAGCUUUCACAUCAUUGGUUCCAUUAGUCACUGAUGCUGAAUUAGAGCCUUACAUCAAAAGAAUGGUGGAUGGUGAUACCUCUCCUAUUCUUACUGGCCAACCUGUUCCUGCCAUUUCCUUAAGCUCUGGAACUAGUCAAGGUCGUCCAAAGUUUAUUCCUUUCACUGAUGAAUUAAUGGAGGACACAUUACAACUGUUUCGCACUGCUUUUGCCUUCAGAAACAGAGACUUUCCAAUUGAUGCAAAUGGGAAAGCUUUGCAAUUUAUCUUCAGCAGUAAGCAGUAUGUAUCCGAAGGCGGUGUUCUGAUUGGUACCGCAACAACGAAUGUGUACCGGAACCCGAAUUUCAAAAUCGGGAUGAAAUCAAUACAGUCUCCUUGUUGUAGUCCUGACGAAGUUAUCUUUAGUCCUGAUGUCCAUCAAGCAUUGUAUUGUCAUCUCUUAUCAGGGAUUCUCUUUAGAGACCAAGUUCAAUAUGUCUUUGCCUCUUUCGCUCACGGUCUAGUUCACGCGUUUAGAACAUUUGAACAGGUUUGGGAAGAGAUGGUCACCGAUAUUAAAGACGGUGUCUUAAGCAGCCGUAUCACUGUCUCAUCAGUCCGUACUGCAAUGUCGAAGCUGCUCACACCUAACCCUGAGCUAGCCGAGACAAUCCACACCAUAUGUAUGAGUUUGAGCAAUUGGUACGGACUAAUCCCCGCGCUUUUCCCGAAUGCAAAGUAUGUUUACGGGAUCUUGACUGGCUCGAUGGAACCGUACGUGAAGAAGGUGAGACAUUACGCGGGAGAUCUACCUCUUGUGAGUCAUGACUACGGUAGCUCAGAAGGAUGGAUUGCUGCUAAUGUUACCCCGAGAUUGUCUCCAGAGGAAGCUACAUUUGCUGUGAUCCCGAAUCUCGGUUAUUUCGAGUUUCUCUCUGUUUCUGAAACAGAGGAAGGAGAGCAGAAACCGGUUGGUUUAACUGAAGUCAAAAUCGGAGAAGAGUACGAGGUGAUCGUCACAAAUUACGCAGGGUUGUAUCGAUACCGGCUUGGAGAUGUGGUAAAGGUCAUUGGUUUCUAUAACAAAACUCCUCAACUAAAAUUCAUAUGCAGGAGAAACCUAAUUCUCUCGAUCAACAUCGAUAAGAACACGGAGAGAGACCUUCAGCUUUCAGUAGAAUCCGCGGCAAAGAGACUCUCUGAAGAAAAGAUUGAAGUCAUAGACUUCUCUAGCCAUGUCGAUGUCUCGACAGAUCCUGGACAUUACGUUAUAUUCUGGGAGAUUUCAGGAGAAACAAACGAAGAUGUUCUUCAAGAUUGUUGUAACUGUUUAGACCGAGGAUUCAUGGAUGCGGGCUAUAUGAGUUCUCGAAAAUGCAAGACGAUUGGAGCUUUAGAGCUUAGAGUUGUCGAAAAGGGAACAUUCAGGAAGGUUCAAGAACAUUUUCUUGGCCUUGGUUCGUCUGCUGGACAGUUUAAGAUGCCAAGAUGUGUGAAGCCAAGUAAUGUUAAGGUUCUGCAAAUUCUGUCUGAGAAUGUGGUGAGUAAGUUCUUCAGUACAGCUUUUGAAUGA